AUGUCUGACUUAUUGAUUGGACUUAUAGUCAACCAAACUAGUCCAGAAAAUAAUAUUAGAAAAUCAGCAGAAAUUGAAUUUAACCAAAUCGUUCAACAAGACCCAUCACAAGCAGCACGCGUCAUUCUUGAACUGGCAUUCAAUGAAGAAUAUCCUCUUGAUAUUAGACAAGCAUGUUUAUUACAUUUAAAGCGAUUAGUCCCAAAGUAUUGGUCGUUAGGAUUUGAAUCAUUUAUUGGCCCACCAAUUGAUCAAGAAUUAAAACAAAUAAUUCGUACCAAAUUACUUGAAUUAGCAACCACAUCAGCUCAAUCAAAAUUGAGAAGUGGUAGUGCUUAUGCUAUUGUUCAGAUUGCUUCAGCUGAUUAUCCCGACGAAUGGCCAGAGUUGUUAAACCAGUUAUAUCAGGCAACCACCAGUUUUGAUAAUGAGUAUGCAUUGAUUGGUGGAUUAAAUGUUUUAACUGAUUUAUUUGAUGAUUUGAUUACUGAAGAACAAUUUUGGGAAGGGGGGAUUGCAAAUGAAAUUACCAAUCAUAUUAAUAAUAUAUUAUCCCGUGACUUGAGUGCGGAUGUCAAAGCGCAGGCAAUUAAGUUAUAUUCAAGCGUUGUUGCCAUUUUGAGAAGUCCAGAAGCAUUUAAUAGUCCAGAACGAAAACAAUUUGUUAUCAAUCAUGUUGGAAAUUUCCUCCAAAUCUUUAUAAAGUUAUUGGAAACUUCUUAUCAAAAGUCUACAACUGAGUCGUUUGUUCUGUUGACUGAAUUGAACUUAAGAACAUUAGUGUAUACUAUUAUAAGCACUUUGGUUGGUGAUUUCCAUAAAAAGAUUCCUCAAGAUGUUAAAGCAAGAAUAUUGAAAUUAGCAUUAGAUGAUUUCCAUUAUAUUUCUAACGUAUUCAAAGAAUUAAUGGUUGAAGAAAAUAAAAACAUUCAAGUAUCUGAAACUUCAUAUCAAUCCCCAGCUUCCAUAAUAAUGAAUAAUGUUAUUGGCGAAUUAAUCCAAACUAUUUCAUGUACCCAACUUGACAUUGCUAUAAGAGAUGUAGUCCCAUCCCAACAGUUCAUAACAGAUUUAAUCCAGACUACUUUAUUGACAAAGCAAACCAUUGAAGAAUAUGAAGCAGAUAUAAAUACUUAUGUAAGUGAUAUAACUGGAUUAUCUACCGUUUCAAGAGCCAGAGAUUAUGUUUAUGAGCUUCUUGGGGAAUUAAAUGAUAGUGAUUCCUCAGAGGUAUUUGCAUAUAUUACCAAUGAUCUUCAUUCUGAUAAAGAUUGGAGAGUCUUGGAAGCAAAAUUAUUCAUUUUGGAAAGUAUGUUUGCAAAUGAUGAUGUUGAACUACAAUCUAAUAUUUCAACUUUGGGAUUAUUGAAUACAUUUACAAAAUUUAUUACAUAUGACCAACCAUUAAUCACCUCAAGAUGUUUUAUUUUGCUUUCGAAAUUCUUUGAAAAAUUCAGUGACAUGAAACAGUAUGCAUCCAAAGCAUUUCUGGAAAUGAUAUCAUUUUCAUCUCAAGUUAUUAAUAGAAAUGAAGAAGCAAUGGAAUUUAUCAAGAUUUCUACGUUAGUAAGUUGUACAUAUUAUAAACAUGUUGUUGACUUUUCCACAGACUUAGAAAAUCCAAAAGAAAUACAAAUAUCAAUUUUUAGAUUAGCAGCUUCAUUAAUUGAAGAUUGUGAAGAAGAUGGAUUACCAGCAUUACUUGAAGCAAUCACAGAUGCAAUCACAAUCGAUCCAGCAAAUGCUACCGGAGUUCAAGUUGCCGAAGGUACUAAUGUUGUUGAUAUUAUAUUGAAGAUUUCCUUUAAAGAUCCAGCCAAUGUUCAAUUGAUAGUAGAUGCAUCGGAUUGUUUAACUUCAUUAUUGGCGAAUAUUUCCAUUCAAGAUUAUUUGAUUGGUUGUGAAAAAUCCUUACCAUUUAUAUUUGAUAUUAUGAAACGUGAAAUAAGUCAAGGACAAGUUGAAUAUUCUCCUGAAUUAUACUUAGCCAUGGAAUUAUUAAAUAUCAUUAUUGAAUCUGUUCCUCCAACGGAAGAUGGAUUACCUUCACAAAUAUUCUACUAUGCAUUCCCCGUUUUAAAGAAUGUAUUAUUAUCAUCAUUCGAUAAUCAAAUUCUACAAAGUGGAGGUGAGGUUUUCAAUCAUAUUAUUCAAAAAGCAUCAAAAUUAUUCCUUGAAUAUCAAGAUCCAGAAACAAGGGAAUCAGGGAUUGAUUGUAUGAUGUCUAUUGUGUAUAAAUUCUUAUCACCGGAAUUGUCUGAUAGUGCUGCCAAUAAUUGUGGAUCCAUUGUAUUGUCAUUAAUUGAUAAAUAUCAAUCAUAUCUUUCUUCAGAAUUCUUAACCCAAAUAUUAGAAGCUACAGUAAAGAGAUUAGUUGUCGCCAAGGAAUCCAUAACGAUUGAAAAUUUAAUUAUGGUAUUUUGUAAAUUGGUCUUAAAUUCCCCAGAAGAAAUGAUUAAUUUCUUAAGUAAUAACAUCAAUCUUGAAACUCCACAGGGUACCAAAAAUGGAUUGGAAAUUAUUUUACCAAUUUGGUUUGAAUCAUAUGAAGUAACUAGAGGAUAUGAACACAUCAAACAAAAUUCAAUUGCAUUGGGUAAGAUUUUUACAUUGGGAGAUUCAAGAGUUGAGAAUCUUAUUGUUAAUGGAGAAAUAAUCCCAUAUGAUGGAGAUUUAAUCAUUACUAGAUCAAUGGCAAAAUCAAUGCCUGAUAAAUAUACUCAAAUUCCUGCCUCAUUAAAAAUCUUGAAAUUAUUAUGUGGAGAAUUAGAAUUUCAAUGUCAACAACCAAAUGCUGAAGAUUAUUUACCUGAAAAUAUUGCCAAUGAAGAUGGGGAUGAUGAAGGUUGGGAAGAUAUGGAAGAUAUUGGAGUUCCUAAUUUUGAAAAAUUGAAAUCUUAUGUCGAAUCUGAUGGAGAAGAUGAUGGUGGAGAACAUGAAGAUCAAAAAGGGGAUGAAGGAUUAAAGAAUUUAUUAGUUCAAUUCUUCAAAGAAUGUACUGGUAAAGAUUUGGGUCAUUUUAGAAAGUAUUAUGAGCAUUUAUCUGAUCAUGAAAAAAAGAUAAUUACCGAGUGUUUAGUAUUUUAA